AAGCUGCGUUCGCCGGUCUGCUGCAUUCUCGGCCACGUGAACACGGGAAAGACUACGCUGCUCGACACGAUUCGCGGCACGAAGGUUCAGCUGGGCGAGAUGGGCGGCAUCACGCAGCAAAUCGGCGCGACGUUUUUUCCGCGCAGUCUGCUGGAGGCGCAGACCGCUCGCUGCGACAGCAAGUUUAAAUUGGAGGUGCCUGGGCUGCUGAUCAUCGACACCCCGGGCCACGCGUCCUUCUCGAGUCUGCGCAAACGCGGGUCCUCAAUUUGCGAUAUCGCGAUUUUGGUGGUCGACAUUGGCAAGGGCGUCGAGCCGCAGACGCUCGAGUCAAUUAACUUGCUGAAGAAGCAGCACUGCCCGUUCAUUGUGGCGCUGAACAAGAUUGACUUGACGUUUGGCUGGAAAUCUAUGCAGUUCGCCACGUUCAAGGAGUGCUUGAAGCGACAGCCUCCGUUUGUGCUCGACAGUCUAAAGACUGCGGCGGGUCGCGCCGUGCUCAACUUGAUCGAGAAGUGCGGCAUGAACUUCUCGCUGUUCCACGAGAACAAGAGUGAGAAAUCGGUGGUCAGCGUGGUGCCGAUUAGCGCGGCGACCGGCGAGGGGCUGCCGGACUUGCUCGCGACGAUCAUCAAGCUGACGCAGAAACUCAUGCGCAAGCAAAUCGUCAUCGACACUGAGCACGUUGACGCUACUGUGCUUGAGGUCAAGACGCUCGAGGGGCUCGGCACGUGCAUCGACGUGCUGCUGAUCGGCGGCGCGCUGAGAAAGAAAGACACCAUCGUGCUCGCGGGCCACAAUGGCCCGAUUGUCACACAGAUCAAGGCGCUCAUGACGCCAAUGCCGCUUCGCGAGUCGCGUGUCAAGGGCGAGUAUGAGAUGCACGAAGCCGUCACCGCCGCCGUCAGCGUGCGCAUCGCCGCGCCGGAGCUCGAGCAGGCGAUCGCUGGCAGCUCGCUGUAUGUGUGCACCCAACCGGAGGCCAUCCCUGAAUUCGAGGAGAAGGUGCGCAAUGAGCUCAGCAUCAUUUCGCAGCUGGUUGACCACACCUCGGACGGCGUGAUUCUCGCGAGCAGCACGCUCGGCGCGGCGGAAGCUCUGCUCGACCACUUUAAGGACCAGAAAAUUCCCGUGAACGACAUAGUCAUCGGCACGGUGCACAAGAAGGACGUGGUCCGCGCGAGCGUGAUGCGCGAACGCAACUGCGAAGAGUACGCUGUGAUUGCCGCGUUCAACGUGAAGAUUGACGAGGAGGCGCGCACCGAGGCGGCCAAGUUGCGCGUCGCGCUGUUCGAGGCCGAGAUCAUUUACCAGCUCUCGGGCAUGUACGCAAGGUUCCACGGGGACAUUAUGGCGCAGCGUCGCGCAGCCGCGGCCGCAUACUACGUCUCGCCCGCGAAGGUGCAAAUGCUGCCGUCCUGCGUGUUCAACAAAAAGGCGCCGCUCAUUUUCGGCGUCGAGGUGACCGCCGGCGAGCUGCGCGUCGGCACGCCGCUGUUUGCGCUCGGCUCGCGCGUCGCUAUCGGUUCUGUCGACUCGAUCGAACACGACAAGAAGGCCGUCAAAGCCGCGACGCCCGGAAUGAGCGUUGCGAUCAAGGUCAGCGGCAGCAAUGUCGAAAUUGACCGCCAGCUCGACGCUCACGAGACGCUUGUUUCCGCGAUUUCGCGGCGCAGCAUCGACGUUGGCAAGCAGUACUUUCUCGAGGAGGUCGAAAAACACAAAAAGCUCUUUUUCGAACUUAAAGGUCUCUUGAACAUUAUUUGA